UCACAGUUUCGGUUCCCUUUUCUUUGAUCGCAUUACUUACGCAAAAUGAGCCCAGACACUUGCGCUGCCAGAGAGGCACAGAUGCCGGCAGGCGGCUGACCGGCGCAGCACCCUAGGCCCGGUGUCUGGCUCCAGCCCCGCCCGCUCCGGCCCCGCAUCCGGCUCUGGCCCCGCAACAAGAGAGUCCGGAAGUGCAGGCAAAGCGGCUCCCGGGAGCGCCGCGCGGUCCCGCGCGGGAUCAGCGAGGGCAGCUCCCCGGCGGACUGGCGGGCGGGCGGCAUGGCUGCAGUGCUGGCUCUCAGGGUGGUCGCGGGGUUGGCGGCCGCAGCGCUGGUGGCCAUGCUCUUGGAUCACUACGGCCUGGCGGGCCAACCCUCGCCGCUGCCGCACCCCGCGCCCCCCAGGAGGCCGCACCCCGCGCCAGGUCCAGGAGACAGCAACAUCUUCUGGGGCCUGCAGAUAUCCGACAUUCACCUGAGCAGGUUUCGAGAUCCAGGCAGAGCGGUAGACUUAGAGAAAUUCUGUUCUGAAACUAUUGACAUCAUUCAACCAGCUCUCGUCCUAGCAACAGGAGACCUGACAGAUGCCAAAACAAAGGAACAGUUGGGAUCCAGGCAGCAUGAGAUAGAAUGGCAAACCUACCAGGGUAUUCUGAAGAAGACAAGAGUCAUGGAAAAAACCAAGUGGUUGGAUAUCAAAGGAAAUCAUGAUGCAUUCAAUAUUCCAAGUCUGGACAGCGUCAAGAAUUAUUACAGGAAAUAUUCUGCUGUACGUAGAGAUGGCUCUUUCCAUUAUGUCCACAGUACUCCCUUUGGCAACUAUUCGUUCAUCUGUGUAGAUGCCACCAUAAAUCCAGGGCCUAAGAGACCCUAUAAUUUCUUUGGAAUUUUAGAUAAGAAAAAGAUGGAGGAGCUCUUAUUACUGGCCAAGGAAAGCAGUCGGAGCAACCAUACAAUUUGGUUUGGACACUUUACAACAUCCACUAUUCUUUCUCCAUCACCAGGAAUCCGGUCAAUAAUGAGUUCGGCUAUAGCUUAUUUGUGUGGACACCUCCAUACACUUGGUGGACUGAUGCCUGUUUUGCACACUCGUCACUUCCAGGGCACUUUGGAACUUGAGGUGGGAGACUGGAAGGAUAAUAGGAGGUACCGGAUUUUUGCUUUUGAUCAUGACCUCUUUAGCUUUGCAGAUUUGAUCUUUGGCACAUGGCCUGUGGUUCUUAUCACCAAUCCUAAAUCACUCCUUUAUAGUUGUGGUAAACAUGAACCACUAGAAAGACUUCUUCACUCAACACACAUCAGAGUUUUGGCCUUUUCCUUAUCCUCCAUUACUUCUGUCACAGUUAAGAUUGAUGGAGUUCAUUUAGGCCAGGCUGUUCAUGUGUCUGGUCCCAUUUUCGUACUGAAGUGGAAUCCUAGAAACUAUAGUAGUGGGAUACAUAACAUAGAAGUAAUCGUCCAGGAUUCUGCUGGAAGAAGUAAGAGUGUUCACCACAUAUUUUCUGCUCAAGAGAAUAAUCAUCUUAGUUUUGAUCCCCUGGCAUCAUUUAUUCUUCGUACUGAUCACUACAUCAUGGCCCGGGUCCUUUUUGUGCUAAUUGUGCUGAGCCAGCUCACCAUUCUCAUCACAUUUAGAUAUCGAGGAUACCCAGAGCUUAAAGAACCUUCAGGGUUUAUAAAUCUGACCUCAUUUUCUCUUCAUGUCUUGAGCAAAAUAAACAUCUUCUACUAUUCUGUGUUGUUGUUGACACUAUAUACAGUGCUGGGUCCAUGGUUUUUUGGUGAAAUCAUUGAUGGCAAAUUGGGUUGCUGCUUUUCCUUUGGGAUAUUUGUUAAUGGACAUUUCCUACAAGGCAGCAUAACAUUUAUAAUUGGAAUUCUCCAGCUGGCAUUUUUUAACAUCCCCUUGAUGGCUUACAUGUGUUGGAGCUUGCUGCAGCGGUGCUUUGGUCACAACUUCAGGUCUCAUCUCCAUCAAAGAAAAUACUUGAAAAUUAUGCCUGUUCACCUACUUAUGCUACUGCUGUACAUCUGGCAGGUUUAUUCCUGCUACUUUCUUUAUGCGACAUACGGCACCCUAGCUUUUUUAUUCUCCCCUUUGCGGACCUGGUUGACACUGCUGACACCUGUUCUCAUUCGUUGUGUGUGGACACUGAACUCCGCCAAGCUUGGAGUCUUCAUGGUGCAGUUAAAAAGCCACCUGAGCUCCUGAAGGCCAUGUCUCACCACUGGUAGCCAGGCAGAAGCCCAGCCUGUGUCUGUAGCCCAGGCCUCUACCCCAGUAGCAGGUGGAGGGCCAGUAUUGGUGGGUGAGCUUUAGGGAGCUGCUGCUCAUUUGGACUCCUGGAUGUUGGAGGGAUUACCCACUACUGAUACCUGCAGAAUGGACUGCAGAAAAGUCUCAAAAAUAAUGCCUUUAUUCCUUCCCUCCUCAAGGAGGCAAAGAGUUGAUUUAUCUUUGUGAAGAGAAAACCCUUAUCUAGGACACCCACAGGGUAGGGGUUGGGUGUGUGUACGGGAGUGUCUGAGGCCCAGUGUGUUUUUUAGGGGUUACCCCAUGUAAAGCACCUACCGCUGUGCUUGGAAUUCAGCAGCUGUCAAAGGUGCAAUUUCAGGGGCAGGGAACCUUUGAGGAUCUGGACCCGACCCUGACCACGGCUGAGAUAUUAGUUCCCAGGCCUGUUUUCCCACAGGAUUGUGGGCUCUCGGCUUCCUUAGUCGGAAGUGUUUUCAACUGAUCAAAUAAAUGAAUGAAUGAUGAAUAAGAAAGA